AUGAUCACUAGAUUCUGCGCCAUCGCGUUAGCUCUCAACCUCUGCCAUGGUACUAAUGCACUUUCCCUAGCUCCAACAGAGAAAUUAGAUGCCAGCAGAUACAUCGUCCGACGUCAGAAUCCAUCACUGCAAUCUGGUUCGCUACCCGUACGACGCAAUAUUUUAGAAUUUCAAAACGAUCGAGUAUCCUGGCCCCUGUUCAUUCAAGCUCUAAAAAGGCUGCAGGCCAAAGAAGAGAGUGAUCCUUAUUCCUACUUCCAGCUUGCGGGUAUCCAUGGACGCCCCUAUAUUGGAUGGAAUGGCGAUUCAAAGAUAUUAGGAACCAAUGAUUUGGGGUAUUGUGUUCACAACACCGUCUUGUUUUUACCAUGGCACCGGCCGUACAUGUCAAUGAUUGAGCAAUUGUUGGUAAUUGAGGCGCAAGAAGUUGCAAAACUUUAUCCUGACAACACCAUCUACCUGGAAGCGGCAGCACGUCUCCGUUUUCCUUACUGGGACUGGGCCGCCAAUCCAGCUCUUCCGGAUAUCGUCAAUCAGCCACAAAUCCAGAUUGAAUCGUGGAAUGGAACCCAGCUAGUCGAUAAUCCUCUCUACGAAUAUAAAUUUCAAAGCCCACUUGAUAGGGACCUUUUCCCUUCUAACUCGUCAGAUGGUUGGUUCGCAUUUUACCGACACACUGUCCGGGGAGUCAAUACAAGAAAUCCAAAGGAAGUUAGUCAUCCUGAUGUUGUCAAUACAUCUCUUCAACGAGGUAAUCUUAGGGCCAAUACAUGGCGUGCCUUGGCCAGGUCAACGACUUUUAAUAUUUUUAGCUCAACUUCAACACCUGGUUCCUCUAUUGAAGCUGUUCACAACACUGUUCAUAGCGCGAUAGGCGCCAGAUACGGUCACAUGUCGUAUUUAUCAUAUGCUGCAUAUGAUCCAUUGUUUUGGCUUCACCAUGCAAAUAUUGAUCGUCUAUUUGCUCUAUGGCAAGUUCUUCAUCCCGAAUCUUUUGUACAGCCCGAAGAAGAUGUUUUUGGCAAUUUUAUAACUUUGCCCCAUACAAUUGUUGAUGUUAACACAUCGCUUCGCCCGUUUCGAGAGGAAAGAAGUGGCGAAUGGUGGACCUCGAACUCGGCACGCUAUAUCGAUACAUUUUCAUAUACUUAUCCCGAACUCCAAGGAAACCGUACGUCCGAUCAGCUUAAGGCUAAUGUUACAGCUGCUAUCAACAGGCUCUACCAACCAACUAAUUCGGCCCGUAAACGAUUCAUAAGGUCCAGUCCAGGAUCAACAGCAGCUUUCUUGCCAACAAGAGAAUGGUCACUUAGUGUGAGUGUUUCUAAAUUCGAUGCUGGAGGCGCAAACUUCAGAAUUUUGGUUUUCUUAGGGCAAGUUCCUGCAGAUCCUGAGGAAUGGGAAUUAUCUGAAGCCUUUAUUGGAUCAAUAUCCAUAUUCCCCCCUCCGUAUGUGCCGAUAACAGCAUUCGAUCCAUUUCCAGAGGUGAUAACCCACUCCGAGGUUGAUCUAGACGAAGGCCUCGAGCGCUACGGUAUGAAUGUCGAAGAUUCAUCAAGCGUGGUUGAAUUUCUGAAGGAAGAGCUACAAUGGCGUAUUCAAAAGACGGAUGGCGAGGUUAUCCCCCCGGAAAAUAUUCCCAGUUUGCUAAUGGAAGUCGAAGAGGAGACCGUCUCGUGGCCAACUGAUGUCACGGAGCUGCCCUCCUAUGGUGCAAAGACUUCGCAUCCAGAUGCCAUUGGUAGCAUGAUGUGA